AUUGUUGGAAAAGUUCCUAUGCUUUGGUGAACUCUAAAAUCAAGAAGCAAAGUUAUCCCCCAGAAAGGCGUUUGGCGACUUUCUUCGUCUCACCUGUCUCUCUCCUCCUCUGCCUCCUUCCAGGUAAUGCAGGUGGUGAGAGAGCAGAUCAUGCGAGCGCUCUCUGUGAAGCCUAAUUCCUUGGACCAGUUCAAGAGUCGCCUGCAGAACCUGAGCUACACAGAGAUCCUGAAGAUACGUCAGUCCGAGAGGAUGAAUCAGGAAGAUUUCCAGUCCCGGCCCAUCUUGGAGCUGAGAGAAAAGAUCCAGCCAGAGAUCAUGGAGCUGAUCAAACAGCAGAGGCUCAACCGUUUGUGCGAGGGGACCUGCUUUAGGAAAAUCAGCAGUCGCAGGAGGCAAGAUAAGUUCUGGUACUGCCGGCUGUCUCCGAAUCAUAAAGUCCUGCACUAUGGAGAUCUUGAGGAGAGCCCCCAGGGAGAAGUCCCCCAUGACUCCUUACAGGACAAAUUGCCUGUAGCUGAUAUCAAAGCUGUUAUCACUGGCAAAGACUGUCCUCACAUGAAGGAAAAAGGAGCCCUCAAGCAAAACAAGGAGGUGUUGGAGCUGGCUUUCUCUGUCCUCUACGAGUCGGAUGAGUACUUGAACUUCAUCGCUCCUGACAAGCAUGAGUACUGCGUAUGGACGGAUGGUCUCAACGCUCUCCUGGGGAAGGAGAUGACCAGUGACUACACCAAAACAGACAUGGACACCCUGCUCUCCAUGGAGAUGAAGCUUCGCCUGCUGGAUCUAGAAAACAUCCAGAUUCCUGAGGCGCCUCCCCCGAUUCCCAAAGAACCUAGCAACUAUGACUUUGUUUACGACUGUAACUAGACCUGCACUCCCCCCGAAAAGCCUGAACCCCCUUCCCCCGCCCUCCCAAAACCCAGUCUGCACCGUCUGUAUUCACUGGACCAACCAAGCCCCUCUUUUCUCAAAUACUGGAAGAAGCAUAAAGAAAAAGUGAGUGAUAAUGGUUAAAACGAACUCUAGGCGAGCUCUCGUUUCUUAUCAGAGCUUUAUAAGAGGAAAAAUAGUAAAUAUUGAUGUUAAAUAUUUGCACUUGAUGGACCGAGGGAGUCAGUGCAGAGUCAUCAGCCAGGGAGCGUUUGUUUGUUGCGUCUCCACAUCGCCACCAUCGCUUUCCUCCUGUGACCUGAUGUUUCCAAACUUUCUCUUUUUCUUCCUUCCUGCCCAGCCUCUUGCUGUCUUCUUGCUUCUGUAGACAAAUGCGUUGAAAUUUCAUUCUCUUCACCUCCUUUGUUUUUUUUUGUUUUUUGUUUUUUAGGUUUUUGUUACGUUCUUUUUUUUAUUUUAUUUUAUUUUAUUUUCCUCAGGGUUUUCUUGUGAGGGA